CGGACCCAGCUGUUGGUUACUUGCUGUGGCUGCUCCAGAGGCCUCACUGGCUCUGAGGCCCUGCUGUUCGGCGGCCUCUCCUGACGGCCCUGUUCUGCCGGGGCCCAGUGGCCAUUACUUAGCAGGCAUGGGAGAAGGUAUGCCCAGCGCACAACCAGGCUCAGAGAAGGACGUGCUGACUGUCCUGGAACUCAGCUAGUCAGGGAAGGCUUCUUGGAGGAGGAGCCACUUGUGCUAAGCCUUGAAGGACUUGGCAGCUGGAAAAGGUGAGGGUGAAGACACUGCUGGCAGAGGGAAGAGCCUGUGCAAAGCUCUCCUGCUGCCAAGAUGCCAUCACCUCGGACAGUGGCCUCUGGGCCAGAGCUACACAGCCCCAAGGAGCCUGUAGAGCCACAGACCCCAGCGCGGGGAACUCGCCGGGCAAGCAGUGUGGAUGUGCCCAGCGCCCACCGUGAGGAUGCGUGGCUGGGCACCUUUCGGCGGGUCUUCUCCCGGACAAGCCAACGGGCCUCGGGCCGGGCCUCCGAGGAGGACCCGGGCCUGCUCUGGCGCAGCUCCCGCUUCCUGUUCCGGUCCUUACGGCGUGCUCUGGAUGACAGCCCAGCUGCUGACCCGUGCCAGGCCACUGCUGUGCCAGGGGCAGGUCACGGCCCAGAGGUGCCCUCCAGGGUCACGGAUGGCGUGGCCCAGCAGUUGUCCCCUGGGGUGGGGCCUGAGGAACUGGAACCUGAGGCAGGCAAGUCUGUGGCAGACCUCAUCACCGAGCGGCAACUGCUGGAGGCCUUCAAACAGCUGCAGCACCUGGAGACGCAGCUAGCGGCCGAGAAAGCUUCACAUACCUUCGAGCAGAACCCCACAGGCUUCGCUCGGCGCGCCAUGGACGUGUGCCUGCACUACGACGGGCUGGCCGCCGAGAUCGCUGCCAUUGUGCGCGAGACCCUGGGCCCGGACGGUGUGGACGCGGCCUCGCUAGCAGAGCUGGCCCACGUGGUGCGCGCCGAAGAGGAGGCCCACCCGACGUCCCCUGCAGACGGCGACUUCCUGCGCACGCCACGCCGCUGGCGCCAGCACUGGGAGGACGCGGUGCGGCGGAGUGCGCAGGAGCGCGUGCAGCAGGCAGGCGCCGGGAAGGCCCCGGGGGCAGCGGAGGAUGCAUCAGGCCUGGCUCGGCUUCUGGCCGAGCUUGGCGGCUUGAUUCGCAGCGACCUGCGGAAGGUGCAGCUGGAGGUGCAGCCCGCGUAUGCGGCCGCCGGCUUCCCAGCAUGGGAGGCCUACUUGCGCGCCUUCCACGGCGCGGUAGCCCAGCGCCUCCAGGAGCUGGCGCACGACGCCCGCGGCUGUGAGCAGCUCUACAUCCUGCUGGACUGGGCCGCCAAUGUCUAUGGCAGUCCUAAUUUCCUGGGCGCCCCGGACCUGACUCUGUCCACGGAGCCUCUGCCCCCGCUCCUGGCACCCGAAGUGUGGGCCCGACUGGAGAGCGACUACACCAGCUUCCUCGAGACCAAGAUCCUGAGCUGCUUCGAUGGCAUCCUGCAGCUAGAGCAGAACCGCUGGGCGGCCGCCAAGGCCCCCGACGUGCUGCAGGGCCGCUACUACACGCCGCUGUCCACCGACGUCCACAUGCUGGUGGCAGAGCACGUGAAGGCGGCUGGGGCCAUCUCCGCGGAGCUGGAGGCCACCACCUUGAGGAUCUGCGCGCGCGCGAUUGGCCUCUUUGUGCCCAGAUUUGAAAAGGCUUUUCUGGAGUCGGAGACGGUGAGCGAGCCGCACCUGGGAGCCAACAUCAACGCCUGUGAAGAGCUCAGGACCAGUCUUCUGGCCAAGUUCCCAGGAAACUUUGCAGAGCUGGAGAAGCCCCUGGUGGCUACCAUUUGCAUCUUCCAGAAGCAGCUGCUCCAGGGUUUGCAGCGUGAUGUGCAGCCACUCUUUAGGACCCUGUGCACCAAGGUCUGGCUGACACAGGACACGCUGCGACCCCUCAUGGACAAGGUGGUGGCCUUCGCCCGCCACCUGGAGCAUGUGGCCCCACCCCUCGGGCAGGAGACUCUGCAGGAGGUACACCGGUAUGUUGUCCGGGAGUAUCUGGCACAGGCGCUGAGGCCGCGUGAGCGGUUCCGGGGCGCCGAGCGCGCAGCUGGCUCCCAGAAGAUGGGCCUCGAUGCCCAGGCCAUCAGUGAUACCUUCCAGGGCUUGGGUUCUGAGGCCACGUGGCUGGGACAAGCGAUCCCUUGUGUGGCUGACAUACUGGGUGAGACUUACAAAGAUAUCAUCCAGCUGCACCUGGAGAGGCUCAUCAGCAGCUAUCCCGACAUCAGACGGGACCACGUGCUGGCCAUCCUGGCACUGCGCCGACUGGGCCGCCAUCGGAACCAGAGACUCCUGCAGCAUGCCCAGGACCUGCUGAAGGCUGCGGCCAAGACAGGGGGCUCGGGGACCUCUGCGGGCCGUGUGCUCUUUGAGGAGAUUGAGGUGUCCACGUCUGUGGAUGUGCUCAUCACCUGCAUCUAGUGCUCCUGGGCCUGGGUGGAGUGGGGGACACCUCAGGUGGGGGCUGCAGUAGGUGGAGGGUCAGGCACUGAACCCCAAGCUAGGAGUCCAGGGAGGCCCUCACAGCCCUAUCCCCAGCCUGAAGCACAAAGUCAUUGAAUUUUCAUCCCCAGCAAGCCUGGCUGCUGGGUCAAAAAGAACAGCAAUGGCAGAGGCAUUUCAGGUAUUUGUGGGGGAGGGCUUGGGGGGCAGAGGCUCCCUUCAGUACUGCCCACCAGGGAAGGCCUCCCUGCCUAACUGCCCCACACCACCCCCAGUCUGAAAGUGAAGAACAGAGUAUUUUUUAAAUAAACACGAAUUAAAAUGAUGCCCCCUAAGUAGGGGGCAGGGUCAAGUUGGCCCGGAGCAGGAGUGUCUGGGUCCCCGUGUACGAAGGGGCAGGGCUAGAAGGUUCUGUGGUGACUUCAUUUAGUGGACGGCCCUUUCCUGCCCAUUAUACCAAUGGGGAGACUGAGGCAGGUUCAGAGCUAAGGAGGCCCACACCUAUGGCUGCAGAGCAAAACAGGCUUUUGCUGUUUUGGGAACUUGGGUCUACUGCUCUCAUGUGCCAAGUGAGCCUAGCCCAGCAGGGGUGGGCACUGUUCUGUCCUGUUUUAAGCAGGCCUGGGUCCCUGGGGGACAAGAAGAGGCCAAGGUUUGUUCUGCAGCACGGGGCAUUUGGGGUAGAGGGACUUUACAGCUGUGAAGUCAUGGGCUGCUGGGUAAAUGUCACCCAUGGAGUGUGUGCAUGGGGCCUGACCCUGCAGGUCUCGGCUCCGGAGGGGCUGCAAGGAGAUCACUCCAGUGUGCACCUGCACCCCGCCCCACCCCAUCCUGUCUCAUGAAAAGCUGGUGCUGAAAUUUGGCUCCAGCCUGUGCGCAAGGCUGCCGGGGAACCCAUUUGUACUGGAAACUUUGGGCUUGCCAGGGAGGCUGAGCACUGAGGUAAGAGGAUUUGUAGGGAGACACUGCAACAGGCAACAAUAGGUCCCUUCCCCCGACACCCCUCCACAGAAGGCCCCCACUGGGCCUGAUCCUGACCGUGGCACGAGUGGGGAGUAGGUAACUGUAGGUUCAAAGAGCACAACAAAGUUGAGUCUUCCAAGGACAGGACACGUGUCCUGAAAGGCUGUAGGACGGAGCGGGUGGGGAACUCGUCUCUCUAGCUCCUCCUGGGCCCACCUCCCUACACUGUGGACAGCCAGUGGGCAGCGCCCAGGCAGGUCGGCCCUACUCCCUACACCAAGGCUGGAGUGCAGAGCCAGGCCUGGGUCCUGUUGGGGCCCCAGGGAGAGUGGGAGCAGGUGCCAAGGGCUGCCCGCUUCAUGGGUACAGGGGCUGGAAGCUGGUGGUGGGGGAAGCACGGGAGUGUCCGGACCAACCUAAGUGGGGAAUCCGGUGAGGUGGAUGUGGCUGGCGCAGGAAUGAGGAACAGCAGAGGUUGGGGUUCUCAGGCUCCAGGGCUGGGGGUGGGGCAAGGUGUGUGCGAGCGCUGCCACUGACACAAGCAGUCAGAAGGGAAACAGGCCAGCAGAGGGUGGCCUCAGCAUCACUGGCCUGGGGUCUUUUGUCAUGGGGAGGGGAGAUAUCAGAGAGGUACCUCUUUUACUAUGGAGGGGCAGGUGAUUGACAGGUCAGCCUGACCAUGCGUGUAAGCCCAGUGGCCAUCAGUGGCCUGGGCGAGUCUCAGGCUGGGUGGGGUGGGGUAUAGAAAGCCUUGAUCUGGUCUGGUGUGGUCUGGCCAGGUUCUCCUCAGGGAACCCCUGCCUCCCUUAUCCCAUGUUUGAGUCGUAGACCCCUUACAGAGGCCCCUGGUCCUGCCUGAGUCACUUGACUGCAAUCUGAGGGUCUCAGGGCUGGGUUUCCAAGCCAAGCUGCAGAGGUGAGAAAGGUUCAGUCCUAGCUCUGCCACUUUCCAGCUGUGAGACUGUAGGCAAGUUCCUUUACCUCUCUGUGCCUCAGUUUUUCUAGCUGUGAAAUGGGGGUACUGACUAUGACUCCCAGGCUGGGAGGGAUGAAGUAAGUGCCAGCCAUAAAGCCAGGCCCCUGUCCCCCUGUGACCCCAUGUUCCCAUGGGCCUGGCCAGCAGUGGUCUAUAAGAAAAAGCUGAGAAGAGCCUAGGUGCAGGUGUGCGGAAACAGUGGCAGGAGAGCCUGAGGUGGGUGGGGUCAGUGCAUGAGGGAGGUCCCCAGGAGGAGGCUGAGCAGCCUCCAAGUUGCAGUGGGAAGGAUUUGGGCUGAGACCCAGGGACAUCUUCCUGAGCAUUCCUAGGCCCGGAGAUAGGAAGUCAGGGUUUUCCUGGCAGGAACCGCUGUGUCCAGGCAGGUAUAUGUGCCCUGGUGUGUGUUCCUGUGAGCCCAGCAGUGUCUUGGGGCGGGGCUCAGCUUCCCAAGGCCAAGUUGUCAUGAGCAGGAGGCCAGACCGCAGGUCCUAACGGCGCAGUCCAGGAGGCUGGGGACCCUGGCAUGGUCCAGGCCCAGGGCUCUGGCCACUGGCCAUUCUGCCCCUAGAUGUGGGGCUGUGCCCAUGAUUCUCCCACCCUCUCUGCCCACCAGGUCUUUGGAGGCCUUGCAAAGAGCCCAGAGUAUUUCACCAUCCUGUUGUCCAGGCCAAGCGUGAGGGAGGGGUCUGGCUCUCAGAGCUGCUUCUGGACUUGUUGACCAGGUUGUCUGGCUGAUAAGGAAGCGAGAGAGAGAGAGAGAGAGAGAGAGAGAGAGAGAGAGAGAGA